UGACACCGGCUAGCGUUUAGCUGUUUUUCUGUUCAUCUGCGAAUGAUGAACUUGGUACUUAUAGGCCAGCGUUCUCAAUCUCAGCAACUUUAAGAUGUAUGAACGUCAGCUGCCAAAAUUCCCUAGCCAGCGUUCUGGAGAAUUCUGGGUGUUGGAGUUCACACCUCUUAAAUGGCUGAGAUUCAGAAACGCUGUUUUUCACUAACGAAUAAACGGGCCAGCCUUUGCAAGAGUUGGGAUUUCUACCUAUCUUCCACAAAGAGUCACAAAUAGGCAGAACAUGAAUGUACUGGUUAUGAAAAUUGUGGUUAUUGAUUGCUUCAGCGCAAAAAAAAAUUCUGAAAUGCUUGGAUUAGCUAUUCUGAGUUGCAAAAGUCUGGACAACCAAGACUUAUGUACCUCUUUUCUAUUGGCUUGGUGUUUGAAUAUUUGCAAUCCUAGCAAAUACUGGCGGAAAGUGAUUCAGAUUCUAGGUGACUCCUUCCCAUACAAAUUGGUUGCAAAGAAAAUAGACUUACCUGAGUACCAAGGGGAGCCUGAUGAUAUUUCUAUACAGAAGUGCCUGGAAGCAGCUAAGCAGAUUCAGGGACCAGUUAUAGUAGAAGAUACCUGUUUGUGUUUCACUGCUCUUGGAGGUCUCCCAGGGCCAUAUAUAAAAUGGUUCCUAGAAAAGCUAAAGCCAGAAGGUCUCCACAAACUCUUAGCAGGAUUUGAAGAUAAAUCUGCUUACGCUCUCUGCACCUUUGCUUUCAGCACUGGAAAUCCAGAUGAUCCUGUAAAGUUAUUCAAAGGCCAGACUCAAGGGCAUAUAGUUGAACCAAGAGGACCUCGAGAUUUUGGAUGGGAUCCUUGCUUCCAGCCAGAAGGCUGCACAGAGACAUAUGCUGAAUUGCCCAAGGCUGUGAAGAACUCUAUUUCUCAUCGUUACAAAGCCUUGAAAGAGCUGUCUGCCUAUUUUGUUCAACACCACAACCCAACAGAGAGCCUAUCUGGUUAACCUGCGUGGAUCUGUGAAAUGUUCUUUUUUAAAAUAUAAAAUUGAAAUUAAAGCAUAAGCAUGUUUCCUGCCUGUACAAAUCAUGUUCAGUAAACCUAGUUUUUUUUUU